AAAUCCGGACAGUAGUUGUGUUAACCAAUCAAAAUAGAUCUAACUGCAUCUCCGCUGAACGCUCGACUCCACUGGGUGGACUGCACAUUUCUGUUGGAUAGAUUUGAAUCUGCAAUUCAUAGUGUUUUUGAGUCAACAAUCAAGAUAAAGAUGCAGUUCAUGCUGCUGUUCAGUCGGCAGGGUAAGCUGCGGCUGCAGAAGUGGUAUGUUCCCCUGUCAGACAAAGAGAGGAAGAAGAUCUCCAGGGACCUGGUCCAGACCAUUCUAGCCCGUAAACCCAAGAUGUGUUCCUUCCUGGAGUGGAGGGACCUCAAGAUCGUCUACAAGAGAUACGCCAGCCUGUAUUUCUGCUGUGCGGUGGAAGAUCAAGACAAUGAGCUCAUCACGCUGGAGAUCAUCCACAGAUACGUAGAGCUGCUGGAUAAGUACUUUGGCAGUGUGUGUGAGCUGGACAUCAUCUUUAACUUUGAGAAGGCCUACUUCAUCCUGGAUGAGUUCCUGCUUGGAGGGGAGGCUCAGGAGACCUCCAAGAAGAACGUACUGAAGGCUAUAGAGCAGGCCGACCUGCUGCAGGAGAACAAGCUUGGCAAGUGGUGAAACCUGCUUAUUCAGACAAAAGACCAGUCUAAGCCGACCACGUCUCUGCGAAACAACCAACCCAUCUAUUUGUUAGCUAACUGACUGGGCCUGGCAGUCAUACACAUCAUAUGAAACGAAUGAGGUGGUAAGUGCAGCACCAUGCACACAACACUAAAUGCUUUACCAAGCUAGCUAUCUGGCCACUGUCGCUAGUGACAUCAUUAACUCCAAUGGAUCAGUUUUCACGAAGCAGCUGCCUAGAGACCCUUUACCAAGCUAGCUAUCUGGCCACUGUCGCUAGUGACAUCAUUAACUCCAAUGGAUCAGUUUUCACGAAGCAGCUGCCUAGAGACCUUUACCAAGCUAGCUAUCUGGCCACUGUCGCUAGUGACAUCAUUAACUCCAAUGGAUCAGUUUUCACGAAGCAGCUGCCUAGAGACCCUUUACCAAGCUAGCUAUCUGGCCACUGUCGCUAGUGACAUCAUUAACUCCAAUGGAUCAGUUUUCACGAAGCAGCUGCCUAGAGACCCUUUACCAAGCUAGCUAUCUGGCCACUGUCGCUAGUGACAUCGUUAACUCCAAUGGAUCAGUUUUCACGAAGCAGCUGCCUAGAGACCCUUUACCAAGCUAGCUAUCUGGCCACUGUCGCUAGUGACAUCGUUAACUCCAAUGGAUCAGUUUUCACGAAGCAGCUGCCUAGAGACCCUUUACCAAGCUAGCUAUCUGGCCACUGUCGCUAGUGACAUCAUUAACUCCAAUGGAUCAGUUUUCACGAAGUAGCUGCCUAGAAGUAGCUGCCUAGAGACCCUUUACCUACGAAUCAUGCUAACCAUUUAGGUUACGUUAGCCAGCUAGCUAAAAGUCUAUCUAUGGGCUGUAUGCAAUUAUGGAGAGUGAAUUAAAAAUAUAUAUAUAUAUCUUGCUGUGGCCAUCUGGCUAGUAUCAAAAAGGGCAUUCUGCAACGCUAGUGCAGCUAGCUAACAUUGACUAGACCGUAAAGCAACACACACAGACAUCCAUUGCCAAACAACGCUAUUGCCAUCUUCUGGUUUGGAGUAUUUUAACGGAGGCUGAGGACUUCGCUCUGUUCGGAGGUGCUAAGUACUGUCGGCAGGCAAACAUGUGACAAUCCUACCGAUGUGUCUGAGCUAUUAUUGAUUAAAUACCUUGUUAACAGCCCAAUUUUUGAAGCCACAACUAAUGUCUGGAUUGGACAUUUUGUGCCUUUCCUUUAUUUCUCAUUUGGAACACAGGAGGUUGGUGGCACCUUAAUUGGGGAGGACGGGCUCGUGGUAAUGGCUGGAGCGGAACGGUAUCAAACACAUUAUUUUAUCUUUAUUUAACUAGGCAAGACAGAACAAAGAACAAAUUCUUAUUUUCAUUGACGGCCUAGGAACAGUGGGUUAACUGUCCGCUCGGGAUUUGAACUUGCAACCUUCCGGUUAUUAGCCCAACGUUCUAACCACUAGGCUACCCUGCCGCCCCUCAUGAUUUGAUAGCCUUCAGUUCGCUCCAUUGCAGCCAUUUAUUAUGAGCCGUCCUCCCCCCAGCAGCCUCCCCUGAUUUACACCAGCUGGUCUUGCGGUCAGUUGUAUUCAAACAGUGCUUUUCUCUCUCUCUCCGUGCUUCACCUCCUGCUAGGAUGCCAAAGUAAGUGUUACAUCUACCUGAUAUGCGUUAUUUAAUCGUGGCGUUGGAGCGGUGACUCAAGUCAUUGCAUUUAGGCUUCAAACACCUGUUUCUUGUAUGCACUCCAUAAACCAAUCAAACGGGUCCAUCUUCAGACUGACGACAGUGUCUUAUCCUUCUCAACUGUCCUCUUGUCUGUUCCCUCCCUC